AUGGGAACUUCCCUGGCUUCCGCGUGCGCUCGUGUCGAACAGCCUGCUCCUACUGGUGAUCAUUCAGAAGAUCUCCAAGCCUUCGACAGAGCCCUACUUGCGCAGGUGAAGAAGGGCAAGUUGGAGGACAACUAUGAGAUGUUGGAAGAGCUGGGUAGUGGCAGCUUUGGCGUUGUCAACAGGGCGAGGGACAUUCGCACAAAGUGCUUGUCCAUGGCGACUUUUGUUGCCGUGAAGACGAUUCCGAAGAAAAAGAUUUCCGACCCAAAGACCAUCAAAGAUGAGUUCAACGUCCUCCGUCAGCUGGACCACGCGCACAUCUGCAAAGCUUAUGAAUGCUAUGAAGAUCGCCGCCACAUUUACUUGGUCAUGGACAUAUGUGCCGGAGGCACAUUGCUGGAAAGCCUGUGCGUUCAGCAGCGGUUCCCUGAACCACAUGCUGCAAAGAUCAUGCGACAGACGCUCUCCGCUUUAUCCUACCUGCACCAAGCAAACUUCAUUUUCAGAGAUUUGAAGACAGAAAACAUCAUGUUUGCAACGCCCGUGCACGAUGGAGAAGUGGGCAACAUCAAGCUGAUCGAUUUCGGCUUGUGCUGUCCAUAUCGGCCUGGAGCAAAGAUCACUCGUGCGGCCGGCACCCCCUACAGCGUUGCUCCCGAGCUGGUCACUGCUCCGGUACAGUACGACCAACGGUGCGACUCAUGGAGCGCAGGCGUCGUGAUGUUUAUCAUCUUGUCCGGCCAGUAUCCCUUUCAUGGCAAGACGAAGGAGGAGCUUCUGCACAAAAUACGAAAGGAGCCAGUCAGUUUCAAGAGCGCCCGAUGGAAGAAAAUCUCCAAAGAAGGUAAGUCCGUCCUGGUGGAGCUCUUGCGAAAGAAGCCUGAGAACAGGUGCUCUGUGGCCGACGCCCUGCGCCAUGAAUGGCUCAAGGUCCAGGUAGAGAUGCCCAGCGCGCAAAUCAUGGAAGGAAUCGUCAACACUAUGAUCCAGUUUCAGUCCCUCAACCUCAUGCAGAAAGCUGCGCUCACUGCCCUCGCCUGGCGUGCUUCGGAUGAGGACACGCAACACUUGAGGCAGAUCUUCGAAUGCUUGGACAGAGAUGGAAAUGGGCAUAUGACCAUUGGAGAGCUCCGCGGAGCGUUCGCAGAGGUCGGUGUGACCUUGCCGGGCGGGCUAAGCCUAUGCGGAGUUGGUACAGAUGGCAACGACACCAUUGAGUACACGGAGUUCCUGGCAGCAGCACUGGACAAGAAGAAGGUGCUGAAAGAAGAUGUCGUUUGGGAAGCCUUCAAGAUUUUCGAUGCAGAUGGAAGUGGCACCGUCACGAAGGCAGAGCUGUGCAAACUGCUCACUUCGGGACGGACGAGCGACAAGAGCAAGCAGGAGAAGGAGUCGAAAGCAAUCGAGGCGUUUCUUGAUAGCUACGACACUUCGGGCGACGGCGUGGUGGAUUUCGAUGAGUUUAUGGGGAUGCUGGAUGAGAGUCACACAAAGAGCCAGAGCAAGCAGGUGAGCACGACCACAAACUUGGAAAGUGCAGAACCGUCUGCUAAAAAUUCAUACUUCGGGUUUUUCUGUUCAAACCUUUCGGGGGCGGCCGGCGAAAAAGAGCAGGUCACACCCUCUGUAUCUUCUAGGCAGCAAAAUAGACAAACUGUCCGGCGCUCAACAGCUGCAGGAAAAGAGAGCGAAGCUUGCCAGGCCAUACUUGGAGGGUCAUGGUACUUAUUAACCAAUGAUAACUUGUACUUCUUAUUGUACUUAUAG